UGAAAGUUGUAUAUGUCAGCACAUCUGGAUAUGGAAUUGACAAACCAACUUCUGCUUACAAAUUAAAUGUAUAACUCAUGUUUGUCUUAUAUAAUUUCAGUUGAUUUUGGCCUUGCUACUGUGGGAUCCAAAAGUAACAGCACAGCAGGAACCAUCAAUUGGAUGGCACCCGAAGUCUUUGCCUGCAUUGAGGACAGCACAGCACAAUAUGACUUUAAGGCUGAUGUGUGGUCCUUAGGAAUCACUGCAAUAGAAAUGGCAGAAGGCUGUGCACCAUAUAUGGAACUGAGUGAUACAGAGAUUUAUACCAAAAUUAUGCAUGAUCCGUCUCCAGGACUAACAUGGGAAGAAUGGAGUGUUAUAUUCAACAGCUUUGUUGAUCAUUGUCUAUGUAAAGAUCCGUCCAGAAGACCAAGUGCAGAACAACUCCUGUCUCAUCCAUUCAUCACUUACAAUUCGUAUCACAUGGAUGAUGUGAAAAAUAGAAUAGCACAGCACAUACAGAAAGGAGCAAAGAACUAAUACAGCAUUUAGAAAGGAGAGGAUUUUGUAUGAACGGCUACAAGCAGAUCCCAUGAAGCAUUAAUGAAUAAUAUAAUAAGAAGAGUUUCUGAUGUCAAAACUGAAACUUGGCUUCUUCAGUAUGUUCCCAGAAAAGGGAAGGGAAGGAAAGGGAUGGGAACUUGAAGAGCCACAGUAUAUCUAUUGCUGACAAAAAACAGAACUACUA